ACUAUUAUUAGUUUGGUUAUAUCGAAAUGAGUUACGACAAGAUCGAUUGUGAAGAGUACUACUUCGAUUAUCAAACUUUGUAAGUGACUUUUAGAUUAAAAACUUCAUUCAAAAUGAGUGGAAAUAUUCCACAUCGUGAUGUAGGCCCUAUUAUACAAUUAAUUAGAAGAAUUGCUCGAGGGAGAAAAUAUAUUCCUUCUGUGAGAUUUGCUGACGAACUAGCUGCUAGAACUCAACCACAUCCAAAUGUUCCUGGAGGUCCUUAUCAUAAGACAUCAAAAAUUUAUUAUCAUACAAGAGAUGCUCGACGUUUAGUUGCACCUCCUAUUGAAGUUGCUAACAACACUAAUAAACAAAUUACUGCUGGUUCUGGAGUAGCAGCUGCGAAACCAAUAACUCCUAAUAAAACAUACCACCCUCAAGUAGGAGAACCAGAUCCUGGAAAAAUUUAUAAUGAGCCAUUUGAGUUGUAAUUAAAGUACUCAGUUUAUAAAGUAAAAUAGAUGUAGAAAAUUAACUUAAUAAAUUAAUUAUUUCUGUUAAUAAUAACAGCAGAAAGACAUAAAGUUAAA